GCGCCGGAGAAUAUGAGGCGCGGCGUUCGGCGGGCUUCUUUCCGGAAGCGGAAGCUCGGGGGGCGGGCCAAAGUGGGGCGAGAGUCCGCGGCGGUUAAUUCCUUUUACCGUGCGGCUUUGCUUCCCUCAGUCUGGGCUUGCUUGCGGCUGCGAGAGAUGGUCAGGUCCGGAUCUCGACCGGGCCAGGUGUUAUCUUCAGGAAAGCACACUGGACCUGCUAAAUUAACAAAUGGAAAGAAAGGGAUCCAUUUAAGAAAGCUAUCACGUUGUAAUGCAGAAUCUGGCUAUCCCAUCCAUUCUGAUUCGGAAAGUCAGACUGAAACCAUACAGGGGCUUGAUGGUUGUGCUUCUUUGCUGCGGGACAUUUUGAGAAAUGAAGAUUCAGGUUCAGAAAUAGCAUAUUCAGAAAACAGAUAUAAUCCCAGACCUUUAGAAGGCAAAAGAUAUGGAUCUAAAAAGAAAGGACAUGGAAAACAUACUGUUCCUUCAGUAGUCUGGAAAGAAAUUUUAUCUUCAGAUAAUAAGAAACAGAUACCUAAUGAAGCUUCUGCUGAAAGUGAAAGAGACUCAUCAGAUGUCCCACAAAACUGGUCAUUGCAAGAUCAUUAUAGAAUGUAUUCGCCCAUAAUAUACCAAGCCCUCUGUGAGCAUGUGCAGACUCAGAUGUCACUGAUGAAUCACUUGGCUUCAAAGAAUAAUGCUAAUGGAAUUUCUACUGUUCCUUGCCACACUAUGUCUGAUUCUGAAUCUCAGGCAACUGUACAUUCCAAUUACGGCUUAUCUACCUCCACCCCAGUCCGGUUACCUCAGCAGCCACCCUGCCCUCCAGUGGUUCAUUCUGAGGUUCAGACUGGUGGUGACAACCAGUUUGCAUCACAAGGUAAAACAAUUUCUGUGAACUGUGCUGAUGUUCUAAGCAAUUCCUUCAGAACCAGUCUUGGAGUUCCAUGUAACCUGCCCAAAACUGACACGCCAGCUAUUCCAACAUUUCAGCAGCUGGGUCUUGCUAAUGGGAUUCUGCCACAACAAGGAGUUUCUAAGGAACCAGACCUACUGAAGUGUUUCCAAACAUACAUGAAUCUGUUGCAUUCUCAUCCGGACAGUCAGACACACCGAAGCCUCACUCUAUUACAGCCAGCUUUCUUGGCCACUAAUGAAGAAAAAUGUGCCAAAGAACAAAUUGGAGAGGUCACAAGUGAAGGAAAGGAUUUGAACAUCCAUGUGCGGGAUUCAAGAAUAAAGAAUGAGCAGAAGGCAAAGAAUGUGAACCAGAGUGCUGAAAAAGUUAGAACUAUCAAGUAUUUGUUGGGAGAGCUCAAAGCCCUGAUAGCAGAACAAGAGGAUUCAGAACUUCAGAGGUUGGUAACAGAAUUGGAGGUGUGUAUAUCUCUGCUUCCAGCAAUAAGUGAAAACACAAAUAUUCAAGUUGAAAUAGCACUGGCCAUGCAACCACUAAGAAGUGAAAAUGCCCAGUUACGUAGGCAAUUGAGGAUUUUGAACCAGCAACUUAGAGAAAAAGAAAAAACUCAACAGGCAUCUGGUUCUCUGGAAUGCAACCUUGAAUUGUUUUCUCUUCAGUCAUUGAACAAGUCACUGCAAAAUCAAUUACAGGAGUCACUAAAGAGCCAGGAAUUACUACAGAGUAAAAAUGAAGAGCUUUUAAAAGUCAUUGAAAAUCAGCAAGAUGAAAACAAAAAAUUUGCUGAUAUAUUUAAAGAGAAAGAUGAAACUUUACUUGAAAAUAAACAGCAAUUUGACAUUGAGACAACAAGAAUGAAAAUUGAACUGGAAGAAGCCUUAGUCAACGUGAAAAGCUCCCAGUUUAAGUUAGAAACUGUUGAAAAGGAAAACCAAAUAUUGGGAAUAACAUUACGUCAGCGUGAUGCCGAGGUGACUCGACUGAGAGAAUUAACCAGAACUUUACAGAGCAGUAUGGCAAAGCUUCUCUCGGAUCUUAGUAUGGACAGCGCUCGCUGCAAGUCUGGGAAUAAUCUUACCAAAUCACUUCUGAACAUUUAUGAAAAACAACCUCUACAUGACCCAAUCCCUGCUCACACUUCCAUCAUGAGCUACCUAAACAAGUUAGAAGCGGAUCACACUUUUACACAUUCAGAGCGACUUUCUACAGUUAACAACAAGGAAAACAUAGUGCCAGAUAGACCCUAUGAAAAUGUUCUGCCUUCCAAAGGCCCUCAACAUAGUAACACUAAAAACAUGGAGGAAGUAUCUGCCCCUGGAAUCAUUUCUGCUCCUUCAAAACAGGAUUCUGAUGAGGAGAGUGAAAUUAAGACUUUAAUAGAAGAUGAGUGUAAUUUGGAUAAUACAAUUUACAUUCCGUUUGCUAGAAGCACUUCUAAAAAGAAAUCACCAUUGCCUAAGAGAUUAUCUCCCCAGCCGCACACCAGUGUAGCUCCGCCACAGCUCAUCAACAACAGUGGACCUGUCUCUGAAAAAGAAACUAAAUUAUGUGCACCCAGAGUUUAUUCCUCCUCCAAAAAGGAAGCAGAAGAUGCACCUGGGAAACUUUCCAGAACAGGUGAUAUGGAGGACAAGCAGCUCCUCAAGCAAAUAAGGGAAGCCAUUUGCAAGAUCCCUGCUGCCACUGAGGAGCCACAGGAACCUGCUGCAUGUCACGGCCCCUCCACUUGUCAGAGCAGUAGCGUUCAAGUGAAAAGUGGUGCCAUCCCCGACAGUAGCUUUUUAAAUUCCGACUUGACGUCUGACUGGAGCAUCUCUUCUUUUUCAACGUUCACUUCUCGUGAUGAACAAGACUUCCGAAAUGACCUGGCAGCCCUGGACGCUAAUAUUGCUAGACUCCAGAAGUCCUUAAGGACUGGUCUUCUAGAGAAAUGAACUCAGAAGAAAAUGGAUUAAGUGCUUCUUCUUAAGUAUUCUUUUAAGUAUUCUUUUUAAGAAUAGAACUUGGCUACAGUGAAUGUAUAUUUUAAAUUUCUUUAGAAAAAUGAUGUUUUAUAUUAAUUAUGUGUGAAAUAAUAAAUUGUUUGAAUAAUAAAUUUAUUAUUGGAAUA